AGUAGGAGGAGCUCUACAAGACUGUAGGAAGGGCAGAUGUUUCUCCGUGCUUCUCUGACCGACCAAUGGCUUUUUCUACUCUUUUAUCUUGAGGCAGCAGCUGUAUUUGGAUGCGUUCUUCUUUCCACUUUACAGUAACAUGCCUCCCAAGGUGAAUGAAGGUAAUUGUUCUUUGUGGAUUUUCCAGAACCUAAUUGGGUGUAUCAUACUUAUAGACCUCUGUAGGAUACAAGGUGCUGUAAUUACACACAACAAAGAUGUGGAACUGGGUGGCAAAGCAACCUUGAGAUGUACACCAUCAAAACUGUAUGAGACUAUUCAAGUUACAUGGCUGAAACAAAUAAAUGGAAGCCUUGUAAAUAUUGCAGUGUAUCAUAAUGUAAGCGGUCCAAAAGUUUUUCGGCCAGAAAUGCAAUUCAAUUUCACAGUUUUAGGACUCAAUGAAACUGCAAUCACCUUUUGGAAUGCUAGCAUCCAAGAUAAUGGGUGCUACCAAUGCAUAUUUAAUACAUUUCCUUCAGGACCUGUCACAGGGAAACCCUGUCUUUCUGUUUAUGCUCACCUCGACACCUUUAUACACUACAAAACUUCUGAAACACAUACGAGUGCCACCUGCUUUGCAACUAGCUUCCCACGUCCUCAGAUCUCAUGGCACACACCAGGAGGCAAAAUGAAUGAGACUCAGGUCACAAAUCCCAAUGGUACAGUGACUGUCAUGAGCGGCAUCUUUGUAAAUACCUCAAGAAGCCAAGCUGAACAAGAACUGAUCUGUAGAGUUAAACACCGAGGAAAAGAAGUCGACCUCAAACUGGCACUACCAGGAAGAGGUCACAGUCAUCAAAAUCAUGCCGUUCUAAUCCUUCUGUCGAUAAUGACUAUGGUCCUUCCUAUAAAUUAGAUAUAUCAGUUGAGGAUACAAAUCACAAUGGUUUCAAAGGGAUGUUUCAGACAACCUCAACAUUUAGUUCCAUAAAAUUGACAAACAAAGGACUCAAGAGAUGGUGCCAAUCUAGACUGAAAUAGGCUGGAGUUGUUACUGCAUUUUAAGACUAAAAAAUAAUGAUCCACCAAUCAAGUCUGGGAAAAGGAGGAAAGAUGACAGAGAAAACACUGGAAUCUAGCAGUGGUAUUGUUUUGAACCUUUAGAAAAACUGAGUGAAUGAAUCACAUCAAUUUCAGAUGUAUAACAGAAAUAUGGGCCAAGAGCCCAAAUUUCUUACCUUUUCUAUAGGGAUCAAUUCCUAGCAUUGUUUGUAACUGUGUUACAU